AUGGGUAGAGGGAAGAAGAAAGAAGAUACGAGUAAGAGUGACCCUGAAAAGCCAGACUCCAGCCUUGACGAGUCUGCAGGGGCCACUGCCAGCACCCCACCUCCCACUGAUGUUGCCACAUUGCUACAGUGGAUAAUUCAGAGGGAUGACAAGAGGGAAGACGCCCGCCGGAAGGAGGAAGAAGCCCGCCGGAAGGAAGAGGAUGCACGCAGGAACGAGGAGUCUGCUCGUUUUCAGGAGCUGAUCCUUCGCCUCACCCCCCAGCAGCCCGCAGCUUCACCUGCAAGUUCGCCAGUGAGCAGUUCUGCCGCGCCCACGGCUUCUCCCACUCCACCGACCCCGAGGGCAACAAUACAGCCUCCGAAAGCACUAACAGCAGACGCGAGUCCCCAACAAUUUCGGGAAUGGAAGCGCGAAUGGUCCGAUUAUGCUGUUAUGGUGGAUCUUGUCAGCCUACCAUUAUCAAAGCAGCAUAUACAGCUACGCAUGUGCCUUACAGCUGAGAUGCGACGGGUGCUGGAGCACAAGUUGGACGUGCCCGCAGACCCAACAUGCUCAGUGGAAGAUGUCUUGGCAAAGCUCGAAACGCACAUAAAAAAUGCAAGUAAUGAGGCACUGCGACGGAAGGCCUUCUCUGAGUGCAAGCAAGCAGACGGCGAGAGCUUCGAUGACUUUUGGAUACGCCUGAAAAUCUUGUCACAGGAGAUAGACCUUUGCAAGGCACAGGACCAAGCAUGCUGUGAGCAGUGGAAGAAACACGGCAUAUUAAUGGGUAUACGAGAUGAGGAACUUACCCAGAAGCUCAUUGAGAUGGACCGCUCAGCGACGUUGCAGGAUGUUUUGGAGAAAUGCAGGUCUCAUGAAUCGUCAAAGACUGCAUCAUCUGCUUUGAAGGAUACAGUUUCUUCACGUGCUGUUUCUCAAUAUAAAAGAGAGAAAAAGGCUGCCAUGAAGCAGAAGUCCAAGAUGAGGCCUGGCUCACCUCCGCCUAAUAAGGCCUGCAACUGCUGUGGUCGUCAACAUGAAAAAGGUUUGUGCAGGGCCACCACUUCCACAUGUUGUGCUUGUGGCAAGAAAGGCCAUUGGGCUACUGCUUCCAAGUGUCCUGCCAGGAAUGCCAGAUGCAGGGUGUGCAACAGGCAGGGACACUAUGAUAAAUGUUGCCUAAAGACAAGGAAGGCUAAGAAGACAAAAGAAGAGGACCCCAGCCAGAACUUAAAGGUAGUAAGUUCAGUAUCCCCUUCAGUGUCAUAUGCCAGGAGUGUCACCUCUACUGCACGACCGAAGCCUCAGCCUUCCCCUAAAGUCCGCGUGUCAAUUCGGCAUAAUGAUUUAUCAGGGAGUCUUGCCAUCAUCCCUGACACAGGUGCUGACACAACUGUCAUUGGACUCCAGCAUCUUAGUAGUCUCGGCCUCUCAAAGAAAGAUUUGGCACCACCGGCAGAGACCAUAUACUACAAUGCGGAUGGGUCACAGAUGCCACCAGCGGCUGGAUCUUUUCGUGGAAUUAUCACCUAUGGCAACCGUUCGACUACAUGUUGGAUUGAUGUUCAGCCUUCGCUUACAACCCCGCUGCUCUCUUGGACCGAGUGCAAGGAUUUGAGGAUUGUUCCGGACUAUUUCCCAAGGCAGAUGUCAGAUAUGCGCAUUGCCAGUCGAGUCCAUGGGCUAGGCAGUGCACCAAUGUCGAACCCUCCUAAGUUGCUGCCCUUACCACUGAACCAGCUGACGUCACCUGAUGAAGCAAGGAAGUAUUUUCUGCAUCAGUAUGCAGAUGUUUUGGUGAAGAAGGACAACCUGCAUUCUGGGCCACUCAAGACGAUGGUAGGCCCACCCAUGAGAAUUCAUCUACGGGAGAAUGCCACGCCCUUCGCAAUCCACACCCCAAGAAUGAUUCCUUUAGCUUUUCAGGAACCAACAAGAAAGGAGCUUGAGUCAUUAGUGACCCAAGGCAUCUUAAAGCCAGUGGAGGAUGAACCAUCAGAAUGGUGUCAUCCAAUGGUCGUUGUUCCAAAAGCAAAUGGUGGUGUACGUAUUACUACUGACCUAUCAAAGCUCAACAGACAAGUCUCUCGCCCUGCCCACCCUUCUCCGACGCCAUUUACAGCCAUUAGAAGUAUCAGUCCGCAGUCAAAGUUCUUCACAACUGUGGAUGCUCUUUGUGGUUAUUGGCAGCUGCCCUUGCAUGAGGACGAUCAACACCUGACGACAUUUAUCACUCCUUAUGGACGUUUCAGGUAUUGUCGUGGUCCCAUGGGUUUUGCAGCAACAGGAGACGCCUUUUGUCUCCGAGGUGACAAAGCACUACAGGGAGUAACAAACUGCAUCAAGGUUGUGGACGACAUUCUCCUACAUGAUGAGGACUACCUCUCACACCUUCAACGUGUAAACGAAGUCCUGUCAAGGUGUCGCCACCACGGUAUAACCCUUAAUGCAGAGAAGUUCAUUGUGGCUGCAUCUGAGACCAGUUUCUGUGGGUACAAGCUAUCAAAUAAUGGUAUUGAAGCAGACCCAGAGAAGGUAAAAGCCAUUGCAGAGUUUCCUACCCCUGCAAACCUGACAGAUCUUCGAUCAUUUAUGGGCUUGGUAAAUCAACUGGCAGAGUUUACGCCUAAGAUUUCGACUACUGCAGCCCCACUCCGCCCAUUGAUGAGUCAGAAGAGAGCUUUUACUUGGACCGCAGACCACACCAAGGCUUUUAUUGAUACUAAACAGGCUUUAUCAAGGCCCCCCAUACUUGCGACGUUUGAUCCCGCCCUUCCCACCAUUCUGCAGACCGACGCCUCCAGACUCUACGGCCUUGGCUAUGUGUUGUUGCAGGACCACGGUGCUGGAAGAUACAAGAUGGUGCAAUGUGGUUCCCGUUUCUUGACAGAUACAGAAACACGGUAUGCGACCAUCGAAUUGGAAAUGCAAGCUGUCGUCUGGGCCAUCAGUAAGUGCAAGUUCUAUCUUCGUGGACUUCAGCACUUCAGUGUGAUGACAGAUCACCGUCCAUUGGUUCCAAUUUUGAACCAUUAUUCCCUGGAUGCAAUUGAAAACCCUCGUCUCCAGCGCAUGAAAGAAAAGGUUGCACCCUACAUUUAUACCGCAAUGUGGCGUGCAGGUAAGGAGUUGUGCAUCCCUGAUGCCCUUUCCCGGUCACCUGUGAGUCGCCCAACAAUGGAAGACGGUGCCUUCGAUGCUGAAAUGGACACCUCUGUCAAGAUUGUAGCUCUGCAUGCUGUUCAGUCUACUAAAGCAUCAGAAGCCAUAGAUGUGCAAGAGGAUCUCUUCUUGGAAGAACUGCGUACAGCUGCCUCUAAGGAUGCUUCUUAUGAGGAGUUACUUCACCAUGUAAAGUCAGGGUUCCCCAAAGACCGCUACAACCUACCAAGUGCCUUGCGUCCGUACUGGAAGAUUCGCAACGAAUUGUACAACGAUGGUGACUUGGUGCUGUAUGGACCUCGAGUGGUUGUCCCUGCUUCUUUACGUCGUAGCACCCUAGCUCGCCUGCAUGAUAGUCACUGUGGCGUGGAAGCAACAAAGCGUCGUGCACAGCAGACAGUCUUUUGGCCAGGCAUUAAUGCAGACAUUGUAAACACUGUCCGUGCCUGUGAGCCAUGCCAGCGCCUACAGCCUAGUCAGCAACAGGAGCCAUUGAUGUUGGAUGACAAACCCACAAGACCAUUUAUGUCUGUGUCGGCAGACUUUUUCAGUGUUGCUGGAAAACAUUUCUUGGUGUAUGCUGACAGACUAUCCGGAUGGCCAGUCGUCAUCCCAUGUGGAACUAGUGCAACAAGUGCUACGACCAUCAGAUUCUUCCGGCAUUUGUUCCGUGAUCUGGGUGUGCCAGUUCGCCUACGCACUGACGGCGGACCCCAGUUCUCGAGCCGGGAAUUUGCAACUUUCCUUCAGCGAUGGGGAGUACGUCAUGCUAUGUCAAGCCCCCAUUACCCACAGUCCAAUGGGCAUGCAGAAGCUGCUGUGAAGAAAGUCAAGCAUCUGAUCAUGAAGACAGCACCCAAUGGAAAUAUUGACAGCGAGGAGUUCGACAGAGGAUUACUGGAGUUACGUAACACCCCAAACUUCACUGGUCGAUCUCCUGCUCAGAUUCUGUUUGGCAUGCCCCUUCGCUCCUGUGUGCCUGCCCACUCUAGUGCCUUCAUGAAGGAGUGGCAGACCAAGGCUGAGGACUGCGACCGUCGUGCCGCAGUACGGGCCAAGGACGUGAAGACCCGCUAUGACAGCCGUGCCCACUCACUUUCUAAGUUAGAGAUUGGGGCACAAGUGCGAGUCCAGGAUCCCACAUCCAAGCGUUGGGAUAAGCUCGGCACUGUCAUGGGUAUUGGCAAAUCUCGUGAUUAUCACAUCAGGCUCCCAAGUGGUCGUAUACUGUGGCGCAAUCGACGCUUCUUGCGCCCUACACAGCUCAUGAUUGGAAACUCAGCAGAUCUGGAAGAACAGCAGUCAGACGACGCACCAGGAUCUUCCGCCCCAUCUGUGCCUGUUGAACCUCGACGUUCGGAACGUAUCAAGUUGAAGUCCGUUCAAGACUCCCGCUAGUGAACGUGAAGGGGGGAGGGAGAUGUGGGUUGUGAUAGUGAAGUGAGUUGUGAUAACAAUGUGAGUUGUGAGUGCCAUGUUGUGAUGCCGAUGCAUAUGGAUUAUAAUGCCAGUAUUAUCGUACGCAUAUUGUGGUAAUUAUGUUAUUAUAUUAUACACACUAUCAUUUGUGUGAUAUGUUAUACCAUGUGAAAUAUAGAAGAUUAUGUUUAGUUUAUAUUGCUGUGUAGCAUAUCACUUAUAUGAAAGAAUGAUAUUCUCUGUUUGAUUUAUAGAGUACAACAUUUUAUUUUGUCUCUGUAGUCACACGUCUGGCAGUAAACACAGAGAGACGGAGCCUGGCGUGUGGGGCAGAGGAACAUGAAGAGAUCCGUAUUAUUUUUG